AGUUGCACGAACUGAGUUCAAUUGUUUUUCCCCUUUAUAAACUGUCACGUAGCCACGCGAUUAUAAUGGCGCGCACGUAGCGAGUACGCCUCAUCCUCUCCACUUCCCCAGUCCAUAUUCUCCUAGUCUCCUGGCUCUUCCCCCUCCAGCCUUCUCGACCGCAUUUACUCGUCAGCCGCACUCCGACGCUAGCUGCAGCUCGAGUAGAGCGGCGCGCAAAGAGACCGAUGGCCGGCGGCGGCGGGGACGGCGGUGGCGGGGCGCAGGACGACUUCUUCGACCAGAUGCUCUCGACGCUGCCCUCCGCGUGGGGCGACCUGGGCGCCGCCGGCAAGUCGCCGUGGGAGCUCGCGGCGGGUGCAGAGGACCUGUCCGCCUUCGACGAGUCCGCGCUGCUCGCCUCUCGGCUCCGGCAGCACCAGAUCGGCGGCGGGGAGAAGCCGGUCAUGCUGCAGCUGACCGACCUCCAGCGGCAGCAGGGCGAGGAGAGCGGCGGGUUCUCGCCGCUGCCGCUGUUCACGGACCGGUCUCCCCCGCCGUCGGCGCGGGAGGACAUGGACGGCGGAUUCAAGUCUCCCAAUAAUAAUGCCACCGGAGGCGACCAUGCGAUGUUCAACGGGUUCGGGGCCCAUGGCGGCGCCGGGGCCGUGCAGCCGCCGUUUGGCCAGGGAGGGUCAAUGUCGGGGCAGAGCUUCGGAGGCACGGCAGCGAGCGGAGGCACGGCGGCGCCGGCUUCCUCCGGAGGCGGGGCGGCCCCGCCGCGGCAGACGCGCGUCAGGGCGCGGCGAGGCCAGGCCACGGACCCGCACAGCAUCGCCGAACGUCUCCGGAGGGAGAGGAUAGCGGAGCGGAUGAAGUCCCUGCAAGAGCUCGUCCCCAACGCCAACAAGACUGACAAGGCGUCGAUGCUGGACGAGAUCAUCGACUACGUCAAGUUCCUGCAGCUCCAAGUCAAGGUUCUGAGCAUGAGCCGGCUGGGCGGGGCGGCGGGCAUGGCGCCGCUGGUGGCGAGCAUGUCGUCAGAGGCCAACAGCAGCAACACGAAGAGCGGCAGCGGCGCUGCUGCUGCUGCGGCCACCGCCAAUGGCAAUGGCAAUGGCGGCGAGAAGAGCGGCGGCGGGGCCGGGCUGCGGGUGACGGAGCAGCAGGUGGCGAAGAUGAUGGAGGAGGACAUGGGCACGGCCAUGCAGUACUUGCAGGGGAAGGGCCUCUGCCUCAUGCCCAUCUCCCUCGCCUCCGCCAUCUCCUCCGCCACCACCACCACCGGCGCCUCGCCGGCCUCGCUCCUCGCCAGGCCGCCCCCAAUGCGCCCCUCCGCGAACGGUGCCGCCGGUGCCGGAGACGACGCCGUGACCCGGCCCGUCAAGGUCGACGCCAACGGCGGGAAGCAAUGAAGCCGAUGCCGAUCGGCCACCGGCGUGGGCGUCAUAUCAACAAUGCCGUAGUAAUACCAAUCUUGUCAUGUACUCAUGUAUCAUCGAUGUAUACUCCUUCCCACUUAUAAUUCUAUUUCCCUUCCUCCGGAAAAAAACCCGGCAUCUAGCUUGGUCCGUUAA